AAAAAUCAUCAGUUUCUUCUGUAGCUUACUGUAACUUCACAAAUAUGUUAAGACUUGGGAUUCAAAAGGCCCAAACAUCGGGUAUUCAGACAUUUUCAAGAUGCACCAAAACUGUGUUGUAUCGUUUCACCAGGUCAAACACCACUUCUGCCACUGCUAACGCUUACCCCAAUGCUAACACGGUGACCACUUCUCCAAAAACAAGAAAAGUCACGGUCGAUAGAGAACUUCCUGACCCGCUUAAGGACCGCUACAAGAACAUGAAGUACGCGAUCGUUUAUGGGAUCGGAGUGACGAUUUCAUGCGUAGUGAUAUUCAACUAUGAGAAAACCACGUCGCCCAUCAUCAACUCAAUUUUCUAUUCUUUAAGAAGAAACCCGCUGGUUCUUGAACAGUUGGGAGAAAACGUCAACUAUAAGACCAGCUGGCCAUGGAUAUACGGGGAGUUGAACACUGUUAGAGGGGAAAUCGACAUCAACUUUGCUGUCAAAGGAGAAAAGAACGAUGGUAUAUUGUAUUUCAAAGCUAGUCGUCCCAGAAAGGCGGAUCCAUUUACUGUCCAUCACUGGUACUUGAAGUCAGGUGAUAAGCAGAUCGACUUGAAGGUAUUCGAUACCCUUGACAUGUAAAUUUUGAAACAAAAAGGUUUUUCGUAGCGGUGUCAUAUAGAUUGUCGAAGAAUCUCUCUCUUGUAAAUAUACAUCUUCUGUAAUUGGGCCACGUGACGAAAUUCACCUUAUUUUUUCCACUCGGUACCUCCACCCGAGAUUUGUUGUUGGUUCCGUCGCAUCCAGCAGAGCCC